GUUCGCGUUGGUAAGGGUGUCGAGCCCAGCUCGCGCUGGAAUACGGCAACAGCGAAUAUAUACAGUAUUUUUUUUUUUACACAUAUACAUAUAUAUAUAUAUAUAUAUAUAUAUAAAACACAUUAAAAGAAACGGAUGUGCCUCCGAAAACGAAACGGACACCGUCCACCUGAUCAUUUUAAUGCAAAAAAAUUGAGAGGUCCGUGGCCAAAGAGGGGAUGACAUGCAUGUUCCCAGGCUGUUAACAUCGCUGAGGAUUAGAAGACCAAUAGGCUGCCAAGAGCUGUCAAGCCAUGAUGGACAUACUGUACACAGGCCCUGUCCCGGCAGACGGAGGGUCUCCAAUGACUGUCAGCGAGAUGUCGCCCAGCCGGGCUCAACGGCAGACCAACACUCAGAGACCUAACACAUGCUGCUUCUGCUGGUGUUGCUGCUGUAGCUGCUCAUGGAAUGAAGAGGACAGAAGGAGGAAAUCCCUGGAGACGCAUCUGGAGACCAUAUCAAACUGUGAACCUAGCACCAAACCAACAUUAGAGGAGAUUAGCGUCUGGUCCCAGUCGUUCGACAAGCUGAUGAAGAAUCCUGCAGGUCGGAACGUGUUCAGGGAGUUCUUAAGGACUGAGUACAGCGAGGAGAACAUGUUGUUCUGGCUGGCCUGUGAAGACCUCAAACAGGAGAUGAACAAGAACACAGUGGAGGAGAAGGCACGCAUGAUCUACGAGGACUACAUCUCUGUCCUGUCUCCCAAAGAGGUGAGUCUGGACUCCCGGGUGAGAGAGGUGAUUAACAGGAAGAUACAGGAGCCUACGCCCUACACCUUUGAGGACGCCCAGCUUCAGAUCUAUACCUUAAUGCACAGAGACUCCUAUCCUCGCUUCCUCAACUCGUCUCUCUACAGAUCACUGGUUCACCCAGGCUCCCGCACCUCCUCAGAGUCCUAGCUUCACCCAGGCUCCUGCACCUCCUCAGAGUCCUAGCUUCACCCAGGCUCCCACACCUCCUCAGAGUCCUAGGCUCACCCAGGCUCCCACACCUCCUCAGAGUCCUAGGCUCACCCAGGCUCCCACACCUCCUCAGAGUCCUAGCUUCACCCAGGCUCCUGCACCUCCUCAGUCCUAGCUUCACCCAGGCUCCCACACCUCCUC